UAAUUUGUGAGGUGCGCGGCCAUCUAGUCGAUCGUAACUUCCGGAAAAUGCCCGGCUCCAGGUUCCGGCCGGAAAGUGAUCGGGGUUGCUCCCUGGCAUGCGUGGUGUGAGAAAGUGCGUGGCUUCAGUUUCUUUAGGAACCAUGCCUUGCAAAGCCAAGAUAAUAUAUCUGUCUUCUAGCAAACGACCCGAAUAAAAAAGUAAAAGUUGCAGGUAACUGUUGGACACCACAUUUUCAAACAUGAACAUUUUCAACAAGCAUCUGUUUCAUGCUGUUAGAAGACUAGCAUUUUCUUCAGCUGUACAAGAUGUGAUAAAAAGGAGGUUAUUCUUUAUGAAGCCUUGCAAAGUCGUUACUUGUAGAACAUUUGUUUUGUCUCCUUUGCUGAAUAAGGAUUCAUCAUCAGCCAGUGAAAAAUUAGAUUUGGAUGGAUGGAAACAUGUCAUGCGAUCUGUGCCACAAGAAGAAACCAGUGAGGAAACAUCAGGGGAUGACAGUGACUCCAAUUUAGCAGCUACUAGGGAACUUAUUGAGAUGUGGAGACUGUUGGGUAAAGCUGUUCCAGAACAUAUCAGUGAAGAACAAUUCAAAACCUUAAUGGAAUAUCCUACAAAGACUUCCAAAAGGAAAUAUUUGAAAUUCUUGGCUAUAAAGGAACGUGUAAAGAGAACCCAGAAAGAAAAGCAAGAAAAACAAAAGCAAGUGAGGGAGGAAGAGAAACGAAAAGCUUAUGAAAAUAAUAGCAGUGAGCCAAGGAAUACAUUUUUGAUGAAGUUUUGGUCCAGGUCUGAGGACACUUUCUUCCACUGGAGAGCUGCUCAGUCUAUGAUCUUUGGUCAUCCUCUGGUAUUUGAUAUGGCCUAUGAAAAUUAUAUGUCACCCAGAGAAAUGGAAAAUGCAGUGAAACAGAUGAUGGAAUCUGAAGGGAUCAAUCGUAAAGCUAUGGAUCCAUUUCACUUGCAUUAUUGUAAUCUCAAAACAGAUGGUCCUUAUCACAAAAUGUUUAUCAAACGCUAUGGAGAAGCAUGGGAUAAGUUGUUUGUGACAGUGACAGAAAAGAGUCAUGUUGAAGUCUUCCCACAAGAUCAGCUUGUCUAUUUAACUGCUGAUUCCCCUAAUAUAAUGAAAACGUUUGAGCAUGAUAAAAUCUAUAUAAUUGGAUCUCUGGUUGACAAGUCAAUACAGAAAGGCAUCUCUCUCGCCCAAGCAAAACGGCUGAAUUUGGCAACAGCACGGCUUCCUUUGGACCAAUACUUGGAGUGGGAGGAAGGUGCCAAAAACCUUACUUUAGACCAAAUGAUGGCAAUCUUAACGACUCUGAGAGAUACUGGGGACUGGAUGAAAGCUUUGCAGUUUGUUCCAAAAAGAAAGCAUUCAGGUUUUGUGGACCCUGCCUUGUAUUCAAAGCAUCAAUUCACCAUUGGGAAGAAAAUGAAGAUGACUGACCAAGGAAAGGCAUGCAACCAGUUUGCAAAGAAUUCCUUUACACGGCAAAUCCAGAGAAAGUGGUGGGAAGAUUAAUCUUAAUAGGUUGCUCACCAAGUUAUGAGUCCUGCAAGUUUUUAAUUUAGCUUGAAUGGGUUGAUGUGCAUUUUAUUACUUUAAAGAAAUAAUAGAGUAAGUCCAUCCUUGUAAUCAGCUUGAAAAACAUGUGUGUAUAUGACCUAUCUGGACUCUUAAAAUUUGUUUAGAGCUUUCUGCAGUUGCUCAGAAGGGAUUUUGCAACUCCUCCCUGCACUCCCUGCUACAAAUAGAUGCCUCCCUUGCUAAUGCCAUUCCCACCCAGAUUCAGCAAUAGUGCUUGCCUUUGUGAGUAAGCAGCACUGUCAUAGGGAUUGUAGUCCCAGUUCCAGUAUUCCUGGUUAUCUUUUCCAAUCAGAAUGGAUUGAAAUUAUAGUUUGGAAUUAAGAGGUUAAGAAAAUUAUAAGGUGAAAAGUACUGCAGUUCUCAUAAACACUGCAAGGAAGUAACAGCUGAUAUAGCCUAGCCUGCAUUCAACAAGCUCUUGCUCAUUGUUGGUUAUUAUUUUCCUUCCCCCUCCCCGCAAAGUAAGUUAGUUUCUCAGAAAGUGCCACUAGAAGUAGAUCCUGUUUUGAAUGAAGCCCGAAUUUAAAGAACUCUGGUUCUGACUUGAAAAUGGGUUGAGAAUUUUUUUGAGUUGAACAUUUGCAUUAAAGCCACUUGCCCCAUCUGAAAUUUGCAAGCCUCUGAAAUAUUUCUGAUGUUUCUUAAUUGCAUUUAAAUCAGUGGAAUUAAUUUAAUCAUGUUCUUCAAUACACUCACUGAAAUGAGUGAUGCUUGUCCAUGGAAUCAACAAAUACCUUCUCUAAUACCUUCUCUAAUACCUUCUUUGCUCUUAAUCAUAUCAAAGUAUGACCAUGUAAGCAAAGACUGGCAUUUCUGCGACAUCCUACUGCUAGUUACAAGAGGGCAAAAGGCAAAAUAUAGUCUAAAAUAAUACCUUUGAGAUGAGAUCAGGAAAAAAAAUGAUGCCAAUAGCUAUAACUUUCAUGGCUUGAAAAAAGGUCCAAGUCUGUGGGAAGCCCCAAUCUCAGCAAAAUGCAUGUGUCAUUUUUUUUGGAGUACUUGUUAUGCUAUAUUACAAGUGUAGACCAACUGAUAAAUCAGCUGUUUUUCAGAUGUCAUGCUAGGGCCAGCUAGUGAGUACUGGUACUAUGAUCUGUGGCUACUUCAAACAGUUGUUGGACAGAUGUUAAACAGUUGUCCAAUAGUACAGAUUUUCUAGUAAAUUACAAAUAGACUGAUAAAGGAAUUACAUAAAUGUAAAUAUUGUGACAUAAAUGUUGAAAAUAAAUGCUGAUUUGGUUAGGA